AUGCAGUCGCUUCGCAGGACAGCAGCGACUGCCGCCCGCAAGGGCCGGACUACCCUGCCCCGCCAGCCGCGCCGGUACGCUCACGACGAGCACGCCCACAACCGCAGCCAUGAGUCCGUGAACGAAUCUAUGGGAAAAGGCUUCUGGAUCACCAUUGGCGCCAUCCCCGCAUCGUGGGCCGUCUACUACAUUUCUCGCUCUGACGAUCCGAAUGCUCCGAAGCUCUUCACCCGCCUCAUCGACAAGUACACGGAAGCGCAGGACAAGCUGGCAGCGAGGAAUGACCUGCACGUGCAGAUGGUUGAACAGGCCGGCGGGGACAGGAUCCUGUUCAGGAACUCGAAACCGCAGGAAUACGUGCAGAUGAAGUUUCCCGAGAUCAUGAACGUCGGGUCACCCUACAAUGUCCCUGCCGGUAGCCAAGUCAGCAUGGACAAAGUGAUCGAGAAGUACAAGAGGGAAGCAUACGAAGACAAUGAGCGCAAGCUCGAAGCACUGCGCAGUGGCAAAAUCAAGUCCGAGCCGCCAUUCGAGCCGUGACGCCUGUACUUGCACGCUACCUGUAUAUAUUCAUCGAAUAAGGUUUUUUUCCUUGUCUUUCCAAUGUCCUGGGGUUUGAAGUGCUGCCCGUCUGCCGGAUCGGCACGUCUUUUAUCAGCGUACGUCCUGUCUCGCUAUAGAUGCUGCUUUAACUUCAAUCUUCGAAACCUUACCUCCUAGUCAGCGCGCGAUAUUUCCCGUAGGAAUUCCCGUAGGAUCCCUUUUGGAUUCUCCGCCAUGAAGCCCCCGUCACCACUUGAACAGCCGAGCUCAUCCACCAAGUUCGGCGGAAC